AUGGGCACUUUUCGGGCAGAUUUAAGUAUUAAAUACAGUAACCUCGCCCUGCUGGCCGCGGAUGCUGCGCCCUGCGGAGCCCAGCGCCCCGACAGCUCCACGGCAUCCAAGCUGCUGGGGACGUGGCUGUACCUGGCAGGGGCUGCCCAGUUCCCCCAGCACCAAGUGGAGAUGCUGCUCAUCGAUCACGCCUUCCUGCGCUUGGAGCCCGGUGCCAGCGGGCAGCAGCUGCUCAUCAGCCACUACGUGGCCGUGGGGGACCAAUGUUUUACCAACAACCUCACCUACCUGGAAGUCAGUGUCGGUAACGCCACGCUGGUGAAGGACGCCAAGACCCAGCAAACUGAGGGGAUGCUGAUGAACAUGAGCUCUGAAAACCUUUUACUCAUCCAGUACCAAAUGCAGAAGGACAGGACGUAUUUGGGGCAGUAUCUCUAUGCCCGGAAUCUGAGCAUAAGCACAGCAGACCAGGAGGAAUUUGAGCACCACGUGGAGUGCCUGGGGCUGAGGGCAGAGCAGAUCGUGUACGCGCCUUGGAAAACGGAGGUGUGUCAAGUGAAAGCUGAAGGCAGCAGCCCACAGGCAGAGCCCGUGGCUGCAGUGACAGCAUCACCUGCCCCAGGUGCUCCCUGGCCUGGGAGCGCAGGGAACUGACCCCACACAGGGCAAUAAACGCUUUUCUUCAAUUCA